GCCGCUGGGGGUUGUUGUCUGCAGUAUCCUGGUGCCUUGACUCUUCACAGCGCUCCUGUCCUUUUGGUCUCCUCCCUUUUCCCGCCCUCACCUCCUCUCUUGGCUUUUUCAGCCAGCAUUGCGCUUUGUGUCCCUCGUUGUUGAAACGGAAUCAAGGAAAUACCGGACACAAUCACUGCCAGCUCUAGCCUGAAAAACGCAGCCCCAGGAGAUCUGCGCACUGCAGUUUCCGGCUGGGACAUCCAUCGCGCGUGCAAGGGGCACAGACAGUUCUGAGCGCACGUACUAGAUCGCGGCUCAUAAGCCGGGUCAGUCCAUCCUCGGGCCUCUGCAGAUCGAAUUCCGCUCGGCAGUCUCGGCCCUGGGAACGUAUUCAAGCAUCACCGAGGCAAGAUGCCGGCCCACAUGCUGCAGCUCUCCAGCUCCUACACCACCACCACCACCAUCAGAGCGCCUCCCAAGGGGAGCCCGCAGAAUGAAGGAGAGAAGUUGGAGAACCACCCUCUCUACUCCGAAGAAGACAUCCGCCCUGAAAUGAAAGAUGACAUAUAUGACCCCAGCUACCAGGAUGCAGAGGGCCCCAGGCCCAAGUUUGAAUUUGUCUGGAGAAACAUCAUCCUCAUGUGUCUGCUGCACCUGGGAGCCCUGUAUGGGAUCAUUCUGGUUCCCACCUGCAAGUUCUACACUUGGCUCUGGGCCUAUGUGUACUAUUUAAUCAGUGGCCUGGGCAUCACAGCAGGAGCUCAUCGCCUGUGGAGCCACCGAACUUACAAAGCGCGGCUGCCCCUGCGGCUCUUCCUGAUCAUUGCCAACACCAUGGCGUUCCAGAAUGAUGUUUAUGAAUGGGCCCGAGAUCACCGCGCCCACCACAAGUUCUCAGAAACAGAUGCUGACCCUCACAACUCCCGCCGCGGCUUCUUCUUCUCUCACGUGGGUUGGCUGCUGGUGCGCAAACACCCAGCUGUCAAAGAGAAGGGGGCGACGCUGAACCUAUCUGACCUAAAAGCUGAGAAGCUGGUGAUGUUCCAGAGGAGGUACUACAAGCCCGCUGUCCUGUUGAUAUGCUUCAUCCUGCCCACACUGGUGCCCUGGUUCUAUUGGGGUGAAACUUUUCUAAACAGCUUGUGUGUUGCCACUUUCCUGCGAUAUGCUGUAGUGCUCAAUGCCACCUGGCUGGUGAACAGUGCUGCCCACCUGUAUGGAUACCGCCCCUAUGACAAGAACAUUAACUCUAGGGAGAAUAUUCUGGUUUCCCUGGGAGCUGUGGGUGAGGGUUUCCACAACUACCACCACACCUUCCCCUAUGACUACUCUGCCAGUGAGUACCGCUGGCACAUCAACUUUACCACGUUCUUCAUCGACUGCAUGGCUGUCCUCGGCCUGGCUUAUGACAGGAAGAAAGUAUCCAAGACCGCCGUCCUGGCCAGGAUUAAGAGAACUGGAGAUGGAAGCCACAAGAGUGCCUGAGUUUGGGGUUGUCCAGGUUCCCUUUCUAAAGCCAUCUGGGCAGAGGUUUAAUGUUCUGUUUAUUAACUACUGAGUAAUGCUUCCCAGAUGCUAAAGACGAUGACCUUAACCCACUCUAGUACAGUAUUCUUGUAAAUGCGCAAGUAUUGAAAGGCAACAAGUCCCCUCUUUGAAGCUAGGCUGAUUUUUUUUUUUCUCUUCUAUUCCCAUUAUCCUUUGCCUUGCUUGGUUCCUAUCACCUUCCUUUCUCUAAUCCCUCAUUGCCUCCCAGGCAAGCAUCUGAUCAGCCAUAAGUUAGUGUCCAUUGUAAAAACCCAACAGUCUUUUCUAGAGUCUAAAAGUAAAGAUCUUUGCCACAGUUAACUCUCUUUUCUUGAUCUCUCCUGAGCUUCCAGAUUGGUGGCUCUAGCUAGAUAUGCAACAAAAUCUUCUCAAAAGUGCCCAUUUACUGUCAUCCCACGCUUUGCCAGAUGGAAGGUGAAAAUAACUUUGUCACAGAGUUUGCAAAUCAGGUCAUUCAUCAGGGGAGAGUGAGCAUGCAGGGUAUGAUUUGUAAGUAAGGAUGUGGUUGAGGUGGGAAAGCUUUUUGUAGUCAGACCCAGCUGCCUACUUAGCAGAGACCUAGAGUCUCUCUACUGCGUCCUUUCUCUCCUGAUUGGUAGAGUAGCCAUGAAGGUUGGCAAUUAAAUUACCGCAGCACAUCUCAAUGUCUCAAUAUAGUUUAGACUGAGGAUAAAUGGGAAGCAUUUCAUCCUUAGAAAACGUGGUCUCUGCUGGGGAAGGACGUUUCCCCCUCUAUAACAAGGACAUUUUCUUAUUUCAUACACAAACAAGUUGUCAGGUUAACCAUGUCCAGAAGUGAUGGAUACAGCAACAGUUAAUAGAAUUUUGAGGAUUCUCAUUCAACUUCUUUCAUCUUCUGCUGUGCUAUCUUCAGGAUUUUGGUCACUGCCCUUGUAAUGAUAGGAUGGCUGUGGCAUUUCCAAACAUCCAACAAUGGAAAGAUUUUAGCAGGUGAACUUGGGUCAAAGUUAAACGUGUAUAGACAUAAUUUGUAUUGCAGCAUGAAAAUAUUCACUGGGAGUAUUUCAUUCUGAAAAAGAAAUACUAAAGUAGCUUGAAGGACAAGAGAACCUAUUGUUUAACCAUUCCUCCCGCUGCUGGGCAGGAGAUGGACAGUUUGAGGGGCAGGGUCUCUAGGCAGCUCCUGAAAGAUUACUUUCCAAAGGAAGAACUCUGACAGCACAUUGUCAGAGGGUUCAGAAGCUGCUGAGUGAUUUGUUGGGUGUUCUAGUGAACUAAGUUAAAUAGUAGGUUCAUUCAUUACAGUUUUUCCUUACAUAGAAUAAAACCUAGGUUUCCUUCCCUGUUAUUGUGCCCCUUCAUGCAUUCCUUUUUCUGUGACCAUCCAGACAACACUGGCAGGACUGCCUGUGGCAGGGUUUGGGUAUGAUGAUCUUUUAUCCAUCUUGUUUCCUGGCUCUACUCCAUCUGUCAUUUUUACUGGUUCUCUUAUACUUCCUUUUUUCAUUAAAGACACAGCCUCCUAUGUGUCUUCAGGGCAGUGAGGACUUCCUAUCCAGGCAACACCCUAUUCUGCAGACACAUUGCUCAUGGGCACUGAACUGAAGUGGCCUCCAGAUCCUCUUCACCUCCACCCUAUGUGCCUCUGCCACACUGAUAACUUAAGAAAACCCUCUCAAAACUUUCCUGGCUCACACAGGCUCACUUUCCAAAAAGCUAAGCCAAAUGCCCAUGUUGUGCCAGUGAGCUGACCAUGGAGGAAAGCAGAGUUUGUUGAAAAUCUCCUUCCUAGGACAUAAGAGAGCAUGCUCAGUGUGAUUCUUACAGGAAGAGGAGGACACCUGGUUCUCACUUUGAAAGGAGGCCCCUACCAGGAGCCAGAGUCUGCUGCAAAGCUUUGGCUUAAAUGUGGGAUCUGAGAUGGCAUGAAUUUUGCUGAAAAGAGUGUGUGUUUAGCAAACUUAACCGACAUCCCCUACCACACAGCCAGGCAAACAAUAGGAUAGAAGUCUGUGGGGGGAGAAACAGAAUGUCAAUAGUUUAAAGACUAUGGGCCUUUCCUGCCCUGUACCUCCGUCAUCAAUGUGGAAGCCUGGCUUUGCUCUUACCAGGAUUAACAGUGUACAAUGCCAAAUGCUUUGUCCAUUGUUGAGGCCUGAUGUUGGGAGGAAGCAGGAACUUUCUUCCUGUGUUAAUUGAGUUGAGGCUAAAGGGACCAGCCUGCACUAAGGCAGCCUUGCUUUGAACUGUUCAUUAAAGCAGAAAAGAAUCUUAUGGAAGAUCAUAUAGAUCAUAUCUGCUGACUUGUGUGCCUACCCACAAAUAUGUCUCUUGGGUUGUUUCUUCUCUGCAGGUCAUCAGGUAGAUAUAACCCUCAAUUUUUUCUCAUUAUCUUUUAAUUCUGUCCCACGAAUCUGAUCUAUUCCAUGUCCCUACAAAAGUGAGGAUGGAGACCUUGGACUGAGGGUGCAGGAUAUGUGUGUGGGGGGUAGUGGUAGAUUGACUCAAUAAAGAACACUUUUCAAGAUUCUAAAGCUCAAUGACACAUUAAAAGAAACUCUGAUCAAGAGUGAAUUUGUAAAGGUUAAUGCUGACAAUUUAUUCAGGUGCCUUACCUCUUUUCUAAUCCAUGUUACACGUGAGCCUCCCUUGCUCCCUCUUGAGUCCCUUAACACCUGAGAGCCUGCAGCAGUGCAGAUGUAAAAACUGGCCCACUUGGAGGAUUAUCAAUACAUCGAUUUGAAGGAUUCCCUUCUGGGCUCCAUUUUGUAAACUUCUUAGGGCUGUUUUUAUUAAUCACGUUUGAUGGAGGGUAGAAAUAAUUUGAACAUUUUAUUUAUACCUUUAUUAAUUAAAAGGUUACAGUGUUUAAAAUGGAAGUUUUAACAGUCUGCAAUUUUUCCAAGUGUGUUCUCUGUAAAUGUAACAGAAGUGGGUUGAUGUGAAAAGAAAGCAAGGUAGCUAUGCUAUACUGGUUGUGAAGGUCAGGGCCUCCUACCAGUAUGCCACUGACCAUGUGACUCUAAAAGCAGACUUAUGCUGACAAUAAAGAAUCCACUCCCAAGAUAAGGACAUUAAUCCACGAGGGUAGAACACUCCUGACCUAAUCACCUCUUAAUGGUUCCACCUCAAUGCUGUUGCUUUGGAGAUGAAGUGUCCAUCCCAUGAAUUCAGACCACAGCACUGGACAAGUCAUUUAUAAUGUGCCUCAGUAUUCCUUCUCUUAAAAUGGGGUAAUAAAACUGACCUACCUCAAUGGACAGGUUUGAGGCAUGAGUAAUGCUUCUACUAAAGCAUUUUGGCAUAAGCAGAGGAAUUUUCAAAACCUGCAUGUUUUUAUUAUAGCAGUAUCCACCAUGGACUUGACGUGUACCAUGUUCUGGAUGAUUUUAGACUACAUCCUCCUCUUGAGAGAUUGAAUGAAUGCAGUUGAUAAAUGUUGGAUAAUUAGCCAGACAAAAUUUUGAGAAUGUGUACUCACUGCUAUGAAAAUAAAUGCAGGAUACCUUUUCCUUCCUUGGGUAAGAUUUUUCCUUAUGUGAAAUAGUAAUUAUUUGUAACCUAAGAAUUUUUUUUUGGAAUAAUUUUCAUUAAUAUCAAUUUUGAAGCUAGUUGUUUUGAUCUGAGGUUGUGUUUGUUCUAAUAAAAUUGAUGUGAAUCUGA